UUGAGCUGUAGUAAAAUGAAUGCAAAAUAAUCAAAAACAAUGUCAGGUGCGUAUCAACACCAACUAAGAAGAAAUCCGUUCCCAGGGAAACGAACCCAAUUACGGAUGGCACCUAAAGUAGGUAGCCACUACCCAAGGACGUCACGUUCAUUGAUGGAAGCACCCCAGACUUGGGACUUGGAUCCUUCGUUGCUAAAUACUUAUUUUGAAAAUCAUCCUAAACUACUUGACGAAAUUAUUCUUAAUUUAAGUGAGAACAAAAUCAUAUAUCUACUGCACAUUCAAGAGAAACGAUCGAACAUAUGGGAAUCUGCGUCUAAAGGACAGAACAACAGGUCCGACCCCCAAAAGCGUUACGAACUUUCAUCUAUCAAAGUACAAAGUCAGGCAUUUUUAAGAGAAGGCAAAGAACCAGAUCUGAGCAAAGUUCUUUUCAAUGCUGCAGAAAGUUUGGCAGCUACACUACAAGUUGACUGGUUUUCCUUAUAUCUUCCAACCCGAAAUAAUACAUCUUUAUAUGAAUAUGAUACCGGAGGUAGCGAAACUCACCAUGGUGUUAUAACGAAAGGAACAACAGUGUCAGCAGAAGCCGCCUUAUUAGGCGAAACGUUAAUUGUAGAAAACCUACAGCAAGAUGACAGGUAUCCAAAGGGUGUUGGACACCCAGAGAGAGAUGUCCACAGUGUUCUCUCAAUCCCUAUAGUAUCAAGUUCAGAUGACAUGCUUUGUGUUAUAGAACUGUGUAGAGACCGCUUUAAGAAACCAUUUGGUAAACACGAUCUGGUUCCAGUUAACUGGUUGCUUGGUUGGAUGGCUUGCUCUUUGCAACAAGUAAAUAGAAACAGAAUACUCGAUCUCCAGACAAAACUGAACGAUUUUCUCUUAAACUUGUUAUACAAGAAAGUUAGUAUUGACAAACUUGUUGAACAAAUACUACUUUUCAGCAAAGACUUGGUGCAUGCUGACCGAUUUGUAAUGUUUUUGAUCACAGAGGAAAACAAUAAUUUGUACGCAGAUUACUUUUACGAAGGUUUAUCAAAGAAAAGAAAGCACGUGUUUUUAACUGAAAAACAAUUACCCUUUUCAUGUCAUAAUGGAAUUGUCGGUCAUGUGUUCAAAACUGGUCAACCCGUCAACAUCUGCGAUGCUUAUGAAGAUAAACGCUUUGAUCCAACCGUUGACGAAAUAAACGGUUACCAAACCAAGAGCCUUUUGUGCAUGCCGAUUGUGACCAGAUCCCGAGUGGUCGGAGUAAUUGGAAUGGUAAACAGACUUUCAAGAGAUCAUUUUACACACGAAGACGAACAUGUCUUCAAGGACUAUGCAGUUUAUUGUGCCUUGGCUCUGCAUAAUGCCAGAAUGCAAAAUAAACUCCAUCUCUGCGAACAUUUCUGCAAACUAAAAUACGAAAUGCUCCAAUACCAUAUCGUCGCUCCAGAAGCGGAGUCUCGAAUGUUGAAAAAAGACACACCUCCCGAAAUAAUCCCGGAUAAGUUCUUUUUGUACGAUUUUAACCCUUACGUACAUGAAAAGGUGUUACCCCAGUUAUUCAUAUACAUAAUACAUGAUCAGUUUGGGACAGAUACCUUUGAUUUUACUAAGCUUUGCAGGUUUAUCAUGACUGUAAGAAAGAAUUACAGACCAUUAGCGUAUCACAAUUGGAUUCAUGGGUUUCAGUUGGCACACUCUUUGUACUGUAUGGUUAGAACAAACCGAGGUAUUUUCACCAGUCAGGAAGUAAUGGCUAUGAUCAUCGCCGGCUUGUGUCACGAUCUCGACCACCGCGGCUACAACAACGUCUUCUACCAGAAACUGAAUCUGCCACUGGCCGACCUGUAUGGGUCAUCGGUGAUGGAACAGCAUCACUACAAACACACCGUCACGAUCAUGCAGCUGAAGGACCAUGACAUAUUCUGCUUUCUGAACGCCACCGAGUACAAAGAGAUGUUGGAGAUGAUCCACGACGCCAUACUAUCCACAGACGUAUCUCGUUUCUUCAACGACAAAGAUGAAAUAGUGAAACUCAUCGAAAGCAAAACCUUCGACGUGCAGAUCGACCAUUGCAGGAAGUUAAUAAAGUCGCUCAUGUUGACGGCGGCUGAUUUGUGUUCGGUCGCCAAACCAUGGUCGACACAGCUGGACAUGGUGACCCGUCUCUACAGGGAAUUCUACCUGCAGGGCGAUGUAGAAAAAACGCACGGCCUUCAGCCCAAUGAAACGAUGGACAGACAUCUCAGAAACAAAAUUCCACACCAGCAAGUUAACUUUAUUCUAUUCAUUUGUCAGCCGUUGUACUCCACAGUGGUGCGGGUUCUACCGGGAACCAUGCCUUUAUUGAAAGGAACCAUGUUAAAUCUGACAAUGUGGCAAACACUUAUGAAUGAAAAGAAACAGGGAGAUAUAUUCAAAAAUCUUGAUCUGACAAGAAAAGACUGAUUAAAUAAUAAUAAUAAUAAUAAUAAUAAUAAUAACAAUAAUAAUGUUAACAUAGUUAAAAAUUAAUGUCAGUAGACAGUUCUCCGCCAUUAUACACACGUAAUGGAAUAAUAAGUAUUGUUGUCUUUUGUCAUCAGAGAUAAGAUAUACAUAUUUUGUAUUAAAAAUUAUGUGGGAACAGUUCGUCACUUUGUUUCCAUUGACUAUUUAGUGCUCAUCUACAAUGGACGCGGGGCGCGUGUGUAUGAUGCGGCCAAAAAAAUAAUUAAAAAAAAAAUAAAUGUAAAAUAUACGGAUAGUUUAUGAGAGUAACUACAUUGGGUGCGGUGCGAUACAUGCGUUAGCAAAACACUUGACGCCAGUAGCAAUGAAAUAACCGAUCGCAUACGUGUCUGAUGUAUUGCGCAAAUGUGAUGAGCUUUAAAAUACAACAAAUAACAUAACACUGGGUGAUGAACUCUUAAUCAUUCUUCAGACAUUAGCUCUAUGCUAUUUGUACAGGUGGCACUUUAUCAGUCUACAGACAUUAGCUAUAUGUUACAUUUGCAGGUGACACUUUAUCCGUCUUCAGACAUUAACUAUAUGCUAUUUUUACAGGUGACACUUUAUCAUUCUUCAGACAUUAGCUAUAUGUUAUUUAUGCAGGUUACACUUUAUCCGUCUUCAGACAUUAGCUAUAUGUUACUUGUGCAGGUGACACUUUAUCAUUCUUCAGACAUUAGCUAUAUGUUAUUUAUGCCGGUGACACUUUAUCCGUUUUCAGACAUUAGCUAUAUGUUACUUGUGCAGGUGAGACAUAAUUAGUCUUUAAUACGGACUUGGGGGAUGCUGGAUGUCUAUUUGAAACGGUUUUACUAUUUCAAUACCUCGUUACAUUUGUUCCUUCUGUUACAAGGUUUCAAGGCUGUACGGUGUGUGGUAUGCAUAACGAAAUGUUCAACGGUAAUACUAGGGUCGUACCUAACUUAAUAGAGAUGGGGGUGGGGGUAACAGUAAAGAAAGAGAGUCUGAGUACAGAAAUAGAGGGUUUUUUCCAGGUACACAAAUAGGGCACAAUUUUGUAUGUUUCAGGGGUGGGUGCAACUGCUUCCCCUUUACACCACAUCUAGGUACGGUCCUAGGUAAAGGGAGUUGCAUUUCAUCAAUUUAGGCAUCUAUGUAAGAACUGUAUUUAAACAUUUCGAUUCCGUAUAGGAAAGAAGUGCUGCGCAUUUUUCUCUUUCUGAUUCCAUUAAAUACUCCGCACAAACGAAGCCAUACCGAACACAGUUCAGUUUGUGUAAAUAACAUAUGAUACUUUAUUUAAUGUUGUAGGCUAUAUUUGGAUUAAUUUCGUUUGUACUUUUAUAUUUAUUGUGCUUUUUAUAAAAUUGUUUUCAUUUGUUCUUUUAUUUAUGGACAAUAAAAAUAAUCAUAAUAAUUAUAAUAAAAAUAUUCAAAAGAUA